AUGGCAGGCGCGAUGAGCAAUGCAAAGCGCGAUCUCCGCAAGAUCCGCGACGAGGACCGCGAGAGCCGGUACGGGAGCGUGUUUGGCGUCUCGGGCCCCGUCGUAAUCGCGGAAAACAUGAUCGGUGCAAGCAUGUACGAGCUGGUGCGUGUGGGCCACCACGAGCUGGUCGGCGAGAUUAUCCGUAUCGAUGCCGACAAGGCCACGAUCCAGGUGUAUGAGGAGACGACAGGUGUGUGUGUCGGUGACCCGGUGCUUCGCUCCGGCAAGCCGCUGAGCGUCGAGCUGGGGCCCGGUCUGAUGGAGAACAUCUACGAUGGUAUCCAGCGCCCGCUGCAGGGGAUCCAGAAGAAGAGCCAGAGCAUCUAUAUUCCCCGCGGUAUUGACACGCCUGCGCUUGACCGCGAGCACGAGUGGGAGUUCACGCCGGCGAACGUCAAGGUCGGUGACCACAUCAGCGGCGGCGAUAUCUACGGCAGCGUGUACGAGAACGCGCUGCUGAAGAAGCACCACAUGAUGCUUCCGCCUCGUGCGCGCGGCACGGUCACGCAUAUCGCUGAGAAGGGCAUGUAUACCGUCGACGACGUGAUUCUCGAGACCGAGUUCAACGGCGAGAAGCACACGUUCACGAUGAUGCACGCGUGGCCUGUGCGUGCGCCGCGUCCGGUGGCCGAGAAGCUUGUGGCCGACACGCCGCUGCUCACGGGCCAGCGUAUCCUCGACUCGCUGUUCCCGUGUAUCCAGGGCGGUACGACGGCGAUUCCCGGCGCGUUCGGCUGUGGUAAGACGGUGAUUUCGCAGGCGCUGUCGAAGUACUCGAACUCGGACAUUAUCACCUAUGUCGGCUGUGGUGAGCGUGGCAACGAGAUGGCCGAGGUGCUCCAAGAAUUCCCCGAGCUGACGCUCACGCGCGAUGGCGAGGAGCAGCCGAUCAUGCGCCGCACGACGCUGGUGGCGAACACGUCGAAUAUGCCUGUGGCGGCGCGUGAGGCGUCGAUCUACACGGGUAUUACGCUGUCCGAGUACUUCCGUGACCAGGGCUACCACGUCGCGAUGAUGGCUGACUCGACGUCGCGCUGGGCCGAGGCGCUGCGUGAGAUCAGUGGGCGUCUGGCCGAGAUGCCCGCGGACUCGGGCUAUCCUGCCUACCUGGGUGGCAAGCUGGCGAGCUUCUACGAGCGCGCCGGUAAGGUGGCCGCGCUCGGCUCGCCGGAGCGCACGGGCUCCGUGUCGAUCGUCGGUGCGGUGUCCCCGCCGGGUGGUGACUUUUCGGACCCGGUGACCACGGCGACGCUCGGUAUUGUGGGUGCAUUCUGGGGUCUCGACAAGAAGCUGGCGCAGCGCAAGCACUUCCCGUCGGUGAACUGGAACGUGUCGUACUCGAAGUACACGCAGGGCCUCGAGUCGUACUACGAGAAGCAUGCGCCGGGCUUUGCGUCGCUGCGCACGUCGGCGCGCGAGCUGCUGCAGAAGGACACGGACCUGGCCGAGAUUGUGCAGCUGGUCGGUAAGAGCGCGCUGGGCGAGAACGACAAGGUGACGCUGGAAGUCGCGCGCAUCAUCAAGGACGACUACCUGCAGCAGAACGGUAUCUCGGAGUAUGACUGCUACUGUCCCUUUUACAAGACCACGGGCAUGCUGAAAAACAUGGUCGACUACCACGAGAAGGCCCAGGCGGCGAUCAACAACAACCCUGAGAUGACGUGGAGCAAGAUCCGCGAGCACACGUCCGACAUUUUGUACCGCCUCACGCAGCAGAAGUUCGAGGACCCCAAGGACGGCGAGGAGGCCAUCCAGGGCAAGUUCGACGCGCUCUCGAGCGACUUGGCCGAGUGCUUCCGCAGCCUGUCAGACUAA